CCACCCCCCUCCACUGCCAUCGAGAAGAACGCGCGGGGCGUCCCUGAGUAAGAUGGCCGCGAGCCUGGACUCGCUCCGCCGAGGCAGUGGCAACCACCACCACACGCCACCCACACGUGCAGCUCGCUUGGCUGCUACUGGGGCGUAGUUGGGGUGGGUGGAGACGCGACAGGCGGCGGUGGGAGGGUGGGUUACUCAUGGACUCCAACGCUCCGGGAGUUGCCGGCGAGAAGCGGGAGAUGCUGGUGGUGAAGCCGAGCGGCGCGCCAGCUCUGGCGGCCCUGAGGGACGUGCGGCCGUUGCCACCGCUGCCGGAGAAAUGCAAACUGAGCAGGGCCGACAUUGGCCGCUACAGUCGGCAGCUAGUGCUGCCUGAGCUCGGAGUUAAGGGGCAGCUGAAGAUUUCGAAUACUUCAGUGCUGGUCGUGGGCUGUGGUGGCCUCGGCUGUCCCGUUGCUCAAUACCUCGCCGCUGCCGGCAUUGGCCGUCUGGGCCUGGUUGACCACGACUCGGUGGAGCUGAGCAACCUGCACCGGCAGGUGCUGCACACGGAGCAGCGUGUAGGGGAGGAGAAAGCCGCCUCUGCUGCCUGCGCAGUUGCUCAACUGAACUCGACUGUGGAGGUCGUGCCAUACCACCUGCUCCUGUCUCAAAAAAACGCUCUGCAACUCGUACGACAGUAUGAUGUGGUGGCCGACUGCUCGGACAACGUGGCCACGCGAUACCUCGUCAGCGACGUGUGCGUCCUCGCGGGGAAGCCGCUCGUGUCGGCAAGCGCGCUGCGCAUGGAGGGACAGCUGACCGUGUACAAUCAUGAAGGUGGCCCUUGCUACCGGUGCCUCUACCCGACUCCACCACCGCCCGAAACGGUCACCAACUGCUCAGACGGGGGUGUGCUGGGAGUGGUGCCUGGAAUCAUGGGGAGCCUGCAGGCGCUGGAAGUGCUGAAGGUUGCUGCUAGAAUGGGCUCCAGCUACUCGGGGCGGUUGCUAGUAUUGGACGGGCUGGAGGGGCGGAUGCGCUCUGUGUCAUUGCGAGGACGGCGCAUGGGAUGUGCCACGUGUGGGGACGCGCCGUCCGUCACUGCCUCCAGCCUGCCUGACUACGAGGCCUGGUGCGGCGCCGCCGCCACCGACAAGUGCCGAAGAUUGAUGCUGCUGAAGAAAGAGGAGAGAGUAACGGUGGAGGAGUACAAGGCGCUGCUGGACGAGGAGUUGCCGCAUGUGCUACUGGACGUGCGCCCCACCGUGGAGGUGGACAUUUGCCAUCUGCCGCACUCCCUGAAUAUCCCCCUGAGUAGGCUGGAGCGGUGGAACGCGGCAUGGCCGGCGAAAGUGGCCGGGCCCGGCCAAGAACUCAAGACGCCGGUGGAGUUUGAUGACGAUGCGGGGCUUGCCGAGGAGGUGGCCAGCGCCGACGGGCUUCGGUUCGGAGGACGGCAGUCGUCGCCGGAGGCCAGAUCGCCUGGACAGGGAGUGGAGCUGCUGCUGGAGAGGAUUUGGGAGGAGAGGAGGAAGGCAACCGGCGGAGGGAGUGAUACCGAGUUACCAGUGUUCACAAUCUGCAAGCAGGGCAAUGACUCCCAGGUGGCCGUGACGCUGCUGCGGCGGGCACUGGCGGACGCCGGCGAGGCCGUGAGCGUGCGGGAUGUGGCCGGGGGCCUAGCUGCCUGGGCCGCCACCGUCGACCCCGACUUCCCCCAGUAUUGAGCAAGUGCCACGUGGCCGUCUGAACUGCGUGAUGGAAUUCGCGUGAGGCCCUCUCCGAGAGUGGCCUAUAUUGCUGAAGAUUCUGUAAAGCAGGCGUGGGGAGCCCACGGUUCGCAGACCUGGCACAACCUGCUGGCACACAAGGCACAACCUGCUGGCACACAAGGACGACCACUCAGAAACGGCCCCAAAACAGUAUCCAAUCACUGCGGAUGUCCUAGCCGCACGAAUCGGGUACGAGAAAGGGAAUAUUUUUGACCUGACAACAACACCUGGUUUAUCAUUUUUGCAUGCUCAGUUCUGUCACUGUACAAGCCUCUUGCAGCUACAGAAGUGACCAAGUGAGGUGUGUUAGUGUCAAAGUGUGGUGCCACCCCCCCUUCACCAGUGUUUGAAAGUCCUACUCGGCCCUGCUUAAGCAAAAGGUCCCCCAACCCUGCCCUAAAUGGUCUGGGUUGUGAGGCUGCCAAUCUUGCUGGACUGCCAGGUGGUCAGGAGGUAGCACUACAGCAAGUGGGUUUGUGAGCCCAUCUGGAUGGACUUUUGAGUGUUAUUGCCACGUAUGCCAUGAUGAGUUUUCUCUACGUACUCCCACUUUUAAGCAAUACACACUUAAAGAGGAUUGAGCAAUGUCGCUUGCAGAAUACUUCUAAAAAAGUACCAAGGCCCAUUGAGGUCUUCCUGGAAAAGUAAAUAUUAUUUUCUUAAUAUUUUAUUUUUGGGAAAUUCCUACAUCUUUAAUUGCAUGUGUUGUAAAAUAGCAGUCAUUUAAACAAUUGUUUUAAGCUUUUACAAGCUUCCCCUUUGGCAGGCACACACCUGAUUGAAUAGCUGUCACUAAAACGAGUUCACUUUUGUGAUAAAGACACUCUGAGUAUCUUGA